AUGGCGAUUAGUAAAGAUGAAAUAUGUGAAGGUUUAUAUAAUGUUGAUUUUUGGAAUAAACUUGAUUUACAUAUUAGUUCCUAUGUAAUAACUCCAUUACAAUUACGUUAUAUUAGUUCAAAAACUUCAAUUAUUGGCCGAGCUUUAGGUCAUGCAAUUGUUGAUUUACUUGAUAACGUAACAAAAAAUUCUAAUCAAUAUAUCGAAAAUGAAACAACAAUUCUUGGUACUGAACAUCGUGUUUAUCAUUCACGUCAGUAUACAUUAAAAGUUAAAGAAGAUGAUCUAUCAUGUUCAGAUUUAAAUAUUAAUAAUAAUGAUGAUAAAAUACUUUUUCGAAUAAGUUCAUUAGCACCAAAUAUAUUCUAUCAAUUACGUGAAGAUAUUGGUAUAUCAAAUGAAAAUUUUCGUCAAUCAUUUUUUGAACAUUAUUUAAAAGAUUUUACCAAUCCCGGUAAAAGUGGUUCGUUGAUGUAUAAAACAUACGAUGAUUUAUUUAUAUUAAAAACAUUACGUGAUUAUGAAGCACGUUUAUUAAUGCAAAUUUUAUCUGGUUAUCAUUUACAAUUAACACAACGUCCAACAAUAUUUAAUCGUUAUAUUGGAUUAUAUUCCAUACGUAUGGAAACAUCAUUAACAACAAUUGAAAUCUAUGUUGCAAUUAUGGUUAAUGCAUUUACGCCAUCAUUAAAAAUUAAUGAAAUAUUUGAUUUAAAAGGUUCAAGAAUAAAACGAAAAUUAGCUGGAAAUUUAUCUGUAGAUAAAUUACAUAAACUAAAAGAUAUGGACUUUAUGGAUUUAUAUCCAUCUGGUAUACGUAUACCAACAAAUAUUUAUCAAACAUUAAAAAUUGUUAUAGCUAAUGAUGUAAAAGUUUUAAAAAAAUUAAAUAUUACGGAUUUUUCAUUAAUUCUUGGUAUAAGACAUUUAGAUAUGUCAGAAAUACAAUUGAUUGGACGUCGCCCAGCAACAGGCGUUGCAGCAUUACUUUCGUUGAGUAAUGAUUUGGGAUUAAUGCAUCUAUCAAAACCUUUUAAUAAUGUUUCAUCAUUAGAUUCUGAAAAUAAUCAAACAUCUUCUUUACCUUCAUAUUUAAAACCAAUACAAAUGCUUAAUAUAUCUAUUGAUACAAAUUUAUAUUAUAAUAAUGAUUCGAUUGCUUAUGAAAGUUUACCUAUACCAGGUAUUAUUAAUAAAAGUAAUCAACGUGUUUAUAUAUAUUUAGCAUUUGUUGAUAUGCUUCAAACAUAUGAUAGUUUUAAAUUACUUGAUCAAACAUUUCGAAAACUUACGGAUCGUAAUAGACAUUUAGAAUAUUCUGUGAUUGAACCAGAUGAUUAUGAAAAACGUAUUAAUGAAUUUCUAUUUCAAAAUGUUUUUAUUGAUGCUCAAGAUGAUUUUCCAUGGGCUAUAACAGAUGUUAGUAAACCUGUUGCGGAUAUUGAUAAUCAAUUUAUAGAAAAUAAAGUAUCUAAUCAAAGAAAAAAUUAUACACAACGACGUCCACAUUCAAUGGAACGGCAAAAUUCAAAUAGUGUUCUUGAAUUUCGGCUUUAA